UGUGCCUGCCACGCGCAUGCGCAGGAAGAGAAUCCGCAAGGGCAGCCUGAGGGGCGGCGGUGCUUCUCAUUCCCUCCUCGGAGGGGCCUCUGGGGGCCGGGAUCCGCCAUGGAGCUGGGCUCCUGCUUCAAGAACUACACGGACUUCUCUGAGCACUUUGCCGCCUACAAGAAGGAGAGCCGGCUCCAGUUUGGCCUCAAGAGCUGCGUCUCCGUCCGCUUCCACAACCGACAGAACGGGACCCACAUUCGGGAGGACAUCACGUUCAUGCGGGUGAAGUUUGGCUGCAUUCAGUCGCGAGAGCAGGCCAAGAAGAAGAGGAAGAAGAAACAACAACAGCAAGAGGAGGAGGAGCCCCAGUUGUGCCCAGCCUACUUAGUCCUACAAUACAGUGAGGAGCUGGACCGGCUAGUGGUCACGGAGCUGAACUCCAACCACAUCCAUGCGGAGCCCAAGGCCCCUUUGUUCAGCUCUGACCGUUCCCCUUUGGCCAGGCUGGCCGCCAGAAUGGCCGCCUCCAGAGCCUACGGCGCCCCUCCGGCCAAACUGCGCAAAGAGGAGCCUGCAGAAGUGAAGGUGAAGGUCGAGGCCGACAGCGAUGUGAGCGAGAACACGGGAACCGAUGCCGAGAAGUGCCCGCCUGCUUCCCUUUCUCCUUCCGAGGAGCCAGGGGCCCCUCAGGCGGGCGAAGUCGGUGGCAGCAGCGCCAGCAGCUCCCCACUGGUGCACAUCGAUGAGGUGAUGCGGGUCUUCCAGCGCGCGGACGUGGGCUCCUUGGCCUCGUUCCGCCUGGGCGGUGGCAGCAGCAAGGAGCUGGAGCGUCUGAGCUUCCAGACGGGCAAGAUGAAGGGCCUGUUCCUCCGUUUCCCUGAGAGCCUGCUGCUGCACCGGGUGGUGGGCUGCGGGGGCCACACGCUGUACGCCUUCCUGGUGGAGAGCAAGGACCGGGUGGGGAAGCUGGUGCACUUGGCCAUCCUGAGGGACGACACGCCCGAGAACGUGCGUGAGAUGCUCUCCGUCUUCAAGAAGUUCAAUGAGGAGGGGGCAGAGGGGGGCCGGAGGGUCAAGGCGGUGCUGGUGGACGUGGCCUUCCUCCACCGGGAGGCCCUGCGGGAGCUCUUCCCCUCGGCGCAGGUGCUGCUCUCUGUCUACCACGCGGUGCGGCUCCUGGAGCGCAAGCUGAAGAAGUCCCGCGCCUCGCUGACCUUCAAGAGCGCUCUGCGGGUGGCCCUGCGCGAGGCCGUCUUCUCCCCGUCCGAGGCCAGCCUGGCGGCCCUCUCGCGCGUGGUGAAGGGCCUGGUGGACCCCGGCCUCUUUGAGCACCUCCAGGCCCACUGGUUCUCCUGCGAGAUGCUGUGGUACUUCCACGCCAAGAAGGGCCUGCACGCCUGCAGCACCUACAUCGACAGCCUGGAGCUGACCACCCAGAAGCUGGCCAGCCUCUUCGGCCCCCAGCUCUCCCUGCAGGCCGGCCUCCUCCGCCUCGUGGAGUCCGCCAACGACUUCAACACCAAGGGCCUGGAGAACCACCUCAACCAGGCCUUCUCCAACGGGGAGAAGACGGGCGCUGGGCGGCGCAGCAUCCUCAUGGAGGAGCUCAAGAGCCAGUCCCGGCCCCCCCUGCCACGCAGGCCUCGCCCGCCAAAGCACCCCCCGCCCGCGGCCGGCCAGGAGCUGCCCAAGCAGAGCGCCCGGCACAGCCCGGCCAAGCCGGUGGCCACCAUGCUGGCCGCCCUGAAGGAGACCUGCACGGAGCUGGCCUACCAGCUGUGCCUGAACGAGUGGGAUGUGGUGCAGAAGUCCACCCAGCUGGUGAUGGCUUCCUCCAGGAGGAAGGCCGCGGUCCAGCUGCUGGAGGACACCCACCAGGUCAGCGGGGGCGGACGGAACUGCAGCUGCUACUUCUACUGCCGCUACCAGCUGCCCUGCCGGCACGUCUUGGCGGUGCUGCUGGCGAACCAGCAGGUGGUGGACGAGGGCAUGGUGGCCAAGCGCUGGCAGAGGAAGUACCAGCACCUGCCCGCCCUGCGCCAGAACCACCUGGAGUGGCCCCAAGGCGGCCCGCCCGCGGCACUGGCAGCGGUGCCCAAGGAGCGUCAGGACAUGAUCCAGUCCCUCAGCACGGAGCUGGGCAACCUGCUCCUGCAGAGCGAGGAGGGCCAGGAGCUGGAGGAGCGCAGCGCCACCCUGCGCAUGAUCGUCAGCAUCUGGACUAAGCGCUCCGAGCUGCGGGAAGAGGAGGCCGCGGCCCUGAAGCCCCUCCACAUCCGCAAUGUGGGGGACCUACCCUUCCUCUGGGUCAAGAAGGAAGAGGUGGAGGGAGCCCAAAUCUCCUCGGUCACUCACGGGGCCGCUCUGGACACCAGCCAGACUCUGGUGGCUUGAAACACGGCCCUUUGGCCAGUCGGUCAGUCCCGCGUCUGGUCGGAGGGGCUGGUCCUGGCUUGGGCCAUUCUCCAAGCCCGUUGCAUCCCUUCCCGGUCCAGGGAGCUCAGGGUUGCUCUUCCGCACCUCAGCCAUGAAAGGGCCUCCUCUCCCCCCUUGGCGCUGACCCCCAAACUCUAGUCCCCCAGGUGUUCAGACUUCAACUCCCAGAAGUCUUGGCUGCUUUGACCACUGAUCAGGGAUUCUGGGAGCUGUAGUUCAAAACAUUGGGAGGAAACCGCUCUAGGGAGAUGUGCAGGGGGACGAAGGGUGCGGGGUUCCUCUCUGCUCAGGCCAGCCUUGCUUGAGUGCCGUUGAGAGACCCCCUCCUGUAUCCUGAAGGCAGGCCAGAGUGGCGCGAGGGCCUUGAGGGGGGCCAGCGUCCGGCUGCAGGCUUGACAAUCAGGGAAGCCGCUUCAUACCAAGGGGUGUCGUAUCCUCUGUGUUUUUUGUUCUGGGCACAACCUGCUUUGUUGGUUUUUUGUUACCAGAUGUUCUUGAUUCAGGUGUAUUAUUCUGCAUUCUCCACAACAUUGUUAUUUUAGCUUAGGUCAGGUUAAGGAAACCCACCGGGAUUGUUGAUAUUCUCUUGCGUUGUGUGGGAACGUCCGCCGCACCCGGUGCCUGUGUUUCAGCCCCGAAGCCCCUGAGGUGGAGGCCAGGUGUUCGUGCAGGUGUCUUGAGGGGAGGCGGCGCCCCCUUGGUGCUCUCUCUCCCCGCUCUCCAAAUCCUCUGCCAGAGGGGCAGGUUUUGCUGCUAUGUUCUCAAGACCAAAUUAGUUGUUGAAAAUGCAGAUCUCACUCUCGAGUUAAAAACUUUUGUAUUGUUAUUGGUAUUGUUAUUAUUAACUCUGCGGCUUUGCUGCUGAAGUCAUUGUUUAGUUCUGUUCAUUUCCCGCGCCAUCUUGGCAAAGGAACAGUUGUGGAUUCGUGAUGAAUAAAUUAUACCGUGUUAAUUUAAAAGGGCGCUCCCCCCCCCCCUUAAGAAGGGAACCAGUUCAGGGGGCUGCGGAAAAGGUCACCGGGGUGCAGUUUUGGCUGCCCAACCCCUUGCGGAGCUGAGCUGGACUCCAAAUGAGGCCAGAGUCACUUCUGGUCCCAAUAAACCCCUUGAAUUCUGA